GCAGCCUGCGUCCAUCUUGUGACUUUACAGCCACUGAUAGGUGGGGCCGGAUUCACACGUCAGUGACCGUAAAGUCACUGACUUUGAGUGAGUCGGGGGAUCCCUCUCCGGCUAGCAACAGGCCGUCGACAUCAAGUUCAAGAAUGUAUAUCUUCGUGAAGAACCCCACCAGCAGGACAAUCUGCCUCAAGGUUCAGUCAUCAGAUACCCUGUGCACUGUCAAGGCAAAGAUUCAGGAACAACACUUCCUUGCCUUUGAUGGGAAGAAGCUAGAGGACAACCUUACAUUGGCUGAUUAUGACAUCCAGCAUGGAUCCAUGCUUGACCUCCAAGAAAAGAUGCAAAUUUAUGUAAAGGAGACUCUAGCAGAUAGGACCAUUAUUCUUGAGGUUGACAGCUUAGAUACUAUUGGCAACGUGAAGGCUAAGAUGGAAGAUAAAGAUGGCUUUCUCAAGGGCCAGCAGUGCCUCAUCUUUGGCAGCAAACAGUUGGAGGACGAGCGCACCUUGGCAGACCAUAACGUUUUGAAGGAUUCCACCCUUCUCCUUGUCCUCCACCCGUCUCUGCCGAGAGGUACGACAAUGCACAUCUACGUGCAGAAAGUUGAGGGAAAAGGAAAACCCAUCACUCUGGAGGUUGAGAGCCAUGAUACCAUCAAUGUUGUCAAGAUGAAGAUCUCUGAGAAAGACGGCACUCGCCCAAUACAGUGUCGCCUCAUGUUUGAUUGCACGGUGCUGAAGGAUUACCGCACCCUGGCAGACUAUGGCAUUGAGAGGGGGGAUACCCUUGAUUUCUUCAUGUGCCUUUGUGGGUGUUGAGAUGGAUGACAUGGUCAUUCAUUCAACGAUCUGAGUGUUGCUGCAGUACUUUUCUUUCCAGUGUCCUUGUUUUAUCAGUCAAACUGUUGCUACUUGCAGCGGUCUUCUUUCCGGUGGCAUGCAUGUUAUCAGUAAAACUAUCCUUGCAGUAGGUUAAUGUGUUCCUCUGAAAAAGGAGCUCCUUGCUCUAGUACCUGUCUUUAUUUCCUUCUUUAAUUAUA